AUGCAGAACCUCAAAUUCCUCGAAAUUAUAGAAUGCCAAAGGUUGAAGGUUGUAGAGAUCAAUGCUUCAAAUCUUUCCUUCCUUCAUUGUGUUAGUGGUGAUAACCUGACAGAAAUAUCGGCCAGAAAUUCUUCUCAGCUGAAGAAAAUAAUUUUGUCGUGCGUUCUUCUCUCAUAUGCUCAGGCUUGGCUUCCAUCCAUCGCAAGAAAUGCUGAGAGCCUUACCCUAUGCUGUCCUACUGAGAAUGUCAACAUUUCAAGCAUGGCCUCCAAUCUCCUCCACCUCAAGAAGCUGGAUAUCGAACUCAGUCAACCAACGAUGGCGGCCUUCUGUACGAGCUACGAUGUCUUCUCUUUGCUUUCUUUCAUUGAUGCUUCUCCUGUCUUGGAUUCCUUCAUCCUGAAGGUAGGGAAGAAUGCCCUUAAGGAUGAUCUUGACAUGGGAGAUGAAAACAACAAGUAUUUGGGGCGGAAGCUGGAGCGGCGGCAUGUCUGCCUCCGGCGGGUGGAUAUCAUGGGCUUUUGUGCAUCCAAGAGCCUAGUCGAGCUCACGAUCCACAUCCUCGAGAACACACCAUCACUCGAGCGCCUGACUUUGGACACGAUCUAUGGCUACAAUAGAUGUUUGGGUACAUUUCACAAAUGCACAACCUCGACAAAGAUUAUCCAAUGUUCGCCCUUGAGCAAGGCAGGCCUUGCGGGAGCUCGUAGAGCUGUGGAGGUUGCGGGAAGGUAUAUCGUGGGAAGAGUUCCAUCGUCUGUUCAGCUCGAGGUCCUAGAUCUCUGUAAUCGAUGCAAUACCGGCGAGUGGUAG